AUAGAAAUAUGCAACUUUGUAUGCUCUUUCCAGCUAGUAGUAUGAGAACGCUUGAUAGGACCAGAUAAGGUCAGAUUUCGCUCUUCUGGCACCCCUAAAAACGCUUCAAUUCAGAACUUAUGGCCGAGGAAAAACCGUGUUCGGAAUAAUUUUUCCAUGGGCCGACAGUGGUCUUUCCAUACCUUUAGUAGGACUAUCAAUUGCAUAUAAUCAGACCUUCCCGGCUUUAAGUCGUGUAUAAAGUGGGCGGACCUGUGCGGAAGUACCCCACAUUCAAUAGGUCCUAUUUUUGCGGACGGCAAUAACAAUGAUGAAUGGAUUUAUAAUCAGGAAACAAUUACAACAGAUAGUGAAACUAAUAAAAUAUUCGCUAGUGCAUUAGAUAAUAUUGUAGCGGAUCGAGGAUAUAGUAGAUGUAUUGGGCCAUUUAUAUUCGUAACACCAUUAUCUAUUAGAAAAAGAGAAAAACAAUUGUCACAUUCGUCCGCAAACCAAACACGUUGCAUAACAAUUGUUAGAAAUGCUAUUGAACGUGGUUUUGCCCGAAUAAAAAAUUUUAAAUUAUUAGCUAACACUAUUGACACAAACUACCUUCCUAUUCUACAUGAUAUAUUUCAAAUAAUAUUAGCAAUAGACAAUUGUUUUUAUCCACCAUUAAUUAACAAUGCCGAAAGGAUAAACAAAGAUGUUGAACGGAUCAUUCAAAGAUUAGAUUUAGAAAAUGACAUAGACGAUGAGGAAGCCAAUACAUCCUGA